AUUCCUUCAGAACAAGUCAAACUCUGCUUCGGGAAGGACGCGUUUCGACUUGCAAAGCAACCGGUCGACACUUGAGUCGCGAAAACCUCGUGCAAGUGUUUUUCUUUUCGUUCGCGUUUUUCCGAUCAAAUUUUAAUCGGUGCUGUUAGUAAUUUUUAACGGCCCAAACAUGGAGGACGACGCCAUCCGGAUCACGCACUACAUCAACCCGCACAUGUUCUGGUACAAGCCGGAAUCGGCGUACGUGCACAACCUGGACGAGAAGCGGUUCCAGCUGAAGAUUGACGAGUACUGCGAGCAGCACUUCCGGCGGGCCUCGUCGGACAGCUACUACGAUGGGUUUCCGGGCGAGGUCGUGGCCGUGCUGGACUUUGACCGCAACAAGUGGUGCCGGUGCGUCGUGGACGAAAUCAUCGAGGACGGGAACCGCGAGAAGCGUUACAUUUUGUGGGCCAUCGACGACGGAGCGCCGAUUCAGUCGUCUUCGCGGUACAUCAACCCGUUGCCGAACCAUCUCACGUCGGAAGCAACGACCAAGGUGAAGCGGGGAUCGAUCAAGAACGUUUUGCCGUCGGAGUGCGUUUACGACCCCGCGGAGGACAAAGUGGUCGCGAAGGUCACCAACCGGUGGGACCCGAACGCCGUAACGAUGCUGCAGUCGAUCAUUCAAAACGGAAGCGAAAUCCACUUCCGGAACGUGACCCGGCACAAGGUGUGCAAUGUGUUGACCCACUUUGGUGACCUGGAGAUUGUGACCCGGGGAAGUCACCGGUUUGAUGCGACCCGGGUCUUGACGGAGGCACGACGAGCGUACGCGGUCGAGCCCAGAGAUUUCAUUACUAAACUAUCGGAAAUUCAGACCAUGAGCGAGAAUCGCUACAGAUUGCCACAGGCGCAGGAAAAUGGCAAAAACGGACAAAUCAAACAAACCACGCCGGGACGACCGUAUCGACAGGAGCGUCCCGAAACGAACAGAAUCCGUAACGACCCGCCUUCAAAUUUUGAGCUAAACGGCGUGAAUGAAGAAGACUUUGACGAGAGUGCCAGUAUGAUUCGGCCCAACACUACCGGCCGUCCCCGACUGCCACAGCAGCAAUCGUACGGGGAAGCAAUCCCCGAGAACUCAAACUCCGAAGAAGAUUUGUACCCGGUGGCACCGGAACGUACCAACGCAGUCGCUCGGGGCAACGAACGGGCGAUCUUUGAGCAAAAGACCCGUCCACCAAACCCGCAAUCACUCGGAGAUCCUCGCAUCAGCAAGUCGCCCACAGAACCACCGAAAAGCAACGGAUUCGAACCCUCCAAUCGCUCAAACGUAAACUCAAUCCUCAACGGCUCUCCCGAUCAACAGCCACCCAAAUCUACGGUCUCGUUCGCCAGCAAGCUCGAGCUGCGCAAGAAGCUCCGCGCCGCCUCAAAGGUCACGCCCCCGCCCGCCGUUCCGGAAGCGCCGCCCAAGUCCAAGUACGACACCCCGCUCAACCUGAUCCCGGCCGGCUUCAACAUGGGCAACAUUACGUUCGAGAACGGGCGCGCCAUGGCCGGCGGAGGCUCGUCCGAUUCGUCGGAGCGCAAAGCGAAGCAACCGUCGCCGGGCUUCAAGUUGCGCCAACAGGCGGCCAAUUCAAAACCGCAACAGCAGCAGCAACGACAACAACAACAACCGUCGUACGAGAAGCACAACGGAAAUGCUGCGGCGGCGGUCCAGCAAGCAAACGGCCGUGACGAUGGUUCCAGUGACUACAGUCCAGUCUACAUGACCAAGAACACGAGCCGCUUCGAUCACUACGUUGAGGAAGAAGCAUGCAUCCGGUCCAAGCUGACCCACCAGCGACUGCUCGUGCACGGCAAGCGUCCCGUCAGACCCGUCGACUCGCUCGAAAGCGUCAACUUUUGCGCCGACGUGCACCGGGAGCUGGAGGCGAUGCGCUUCCGGUCGAUCCAGCGCAUCCAAACGUACGGCUGGCCCCACAUCCUCCGGGGGAACUCGUUCUUUUGCGUGAACGCGGCCGAGACGGGCAAGACGUUCACGUACCUGCCGGCGAUCUGCUCGUCCGUGGUGCGCCUGCAUGACGAAGAUCUUGCCCCGAAGGGAGCUGGCCCGUUGGUGAUCAUCAUGUGCCGGUCGUCCCGCGAGGUUCAGCGAGUGGCCAGCUACUGCAAGCGGAUCUUGAACACGUCCAUCAGUAAAUCUCUGUCGGUGCUGGAGGCGUACGGCGCACGGGACAUUCCAAAAGUUUGCAAUCUGCUGCUGAACAGCUGUGCAAUCCUGGUCUCAACGGCGCCGGCGUACCGUCGCCUCUACGAAAACAUGCCCAACGCGUUCGUCCGGGACCGCAUUCAGGCGGUCGUUAUCGACGACAUUGACGUGAUCGUGGAGCGAUUCGCUCCGGAGCUGCAACUAUUGUGCAAAAACUGUGACAAGCCCGAGCUCCAGAUGAUCGUUACGGCGACCUACUGGAACCCGAUGUUUGGCGGCUUUCUGCGCAGGUACAAAAACAUGAUCAUCUGCAUCGGGGCGUACCUGGAGGCGGCCAUCUACGGCAGGUCGAACCUGAUGCUGAAGGUGCUACGGACACAUAACGACGCGGACGAGAAUCGACAGUGGGACGCGAAGCUGAACGAGGUCGUUAACUUUGUCAAGGAGCACAACUACCAGAACGAGCGUACGCUGGUGUGCUGCAGUGAGCCGUCGGAAGUUUGUGAGAUCGUCGAGCGGUUGAAGUCGCAGUCGAUUACGCACAUGUUCUGCAACGAUGCCACGAUGUUGACGAAAAUGGACGGUUUCCGCAACUGGGACAAGCAAUCGGCCGGCGAAAUGCUCGUGAUGGUUUGCUACGACGCGAUCCUGCCGGAUCUGGAGAUCUGUAUGGCCCAGCACAUUAUUCACUUUUCGUUGGCUAAAUCGUGGACGUCGUUCACGCGUCGGUUUGCGUGCGCGUUUGGCUACUACGGCAACCCUUUCGUUGAGGUCGCGCCAGCUCCCGCUACCCAGCAGAAGAAGAGCAGCGCGUCCUCGCUGAUCAUGCUGGACGAGAACAACAACGAGCAGCUCCCCACGCUGGUCAAGUUCCUGCAGAUUCACAACCACGUGGUGCCGGAGUCGGUGCUGAAGCUGGCCAAUAACAUUAGGAUUCAGCAAGAAGAGCAGAAGAUGGCCGUCGGCAAUCCGGUGGAUUUCUGUUCCCAGCUGCUCGACUUUGGCAAGUGUCGUAGCAACGGGUGCCGGAAGCGGCACGUGUUCACCACCAGUGAUCUUUCGGUCGGAGCGGUUCCCACGACGGGCUUAAUCAAGAUGAAGAUCUACAACAUCUUUUCGCCGACGCACUACGCCGUGCGGGUUUUGGAACAGCGGGAUUAUGGAGCACGCGGGUGGACCAAGGUGAACGACUCGAAGCAGUUCUUCGCGCUGGACCUGUCAAUGCAGCAGCACUUUUCGAACGAGGAACGGCACUGUAACCAUGGUAAUGUGCAUUACAACGACUGGUGCGUGAUCUUUGACGAGUACAGAUACUGGCGGUGCCGCAUCAUGAGCAUGGAACCGAAGAAAGAAAACAGUUCCAGCCGGAGGGUGAAGGUCAAGCUGCUGGACGUUGGUCGUACGCUGGACUGUGUGUCAACGGAACUGCUGCACUUGCCGGACGAGUUCCGUCGGCUGCCAGCGCAGGCCACGGACGUGCGCAUCGUGGGCGUCGUUCCGCACGACUUUGAAACCGAGUGGGACAAGCGGGUAACGGCCACGAUCCGGGCCUGGAUCGAGCGUUACACCGCCAAGGACGAGUUCCACGUCGAGGGCACGGUCCUACUAGCAGUAAAGGACACCGUCUGGGUAGACACGAUCCGGCUGGUGGAGCACCUGUCCCAGGUCAACACGGAUAUCCACGAGAUCAACGUAAAGACGGAGAUUGUGGGCAACAAGAACUUUGGCGUGACGGACAAGGAACCGCUGGAACUGCUCACGCAGAUGGUCGCGGAUUGCGAGGCGUUCCGGAAGCGAGCCCGCGAUGGUAUCUCGUCCGUGUCGGAGGACGAAGGGGACAACCUGAGUGAAAACGCGCCGUCACCGCGGUGCGAAUCGGACGUGUUUUUUCGCGGCGACAAGAAAGUGAUGGAGAUUGACAAACCGGAGGUGAUACCGCGGGAACUCCCGAAGGGGCUGCUGCGACCGAUGGAGUUUAGCGAAACUGAUUCGGACGAUUGCGUUUCCGAGGUGGCGGAGAAGGUUGCCGAUGAAAACGAGGAGAAGCUUCCGGUUGUUAAGGUCGAAGAGAAGAGUUUGGCGCCCGAGCGGAAGUUCAACGAAGUCUACGACGAGCUGCAUAAGGACGAACCCAGCGAAGUGUUUAUCUCGUACUAUUACGGACCGGACAAUUUUUAUGUUUGUCGUGUAUCACAAUUCAGCCACAUUUCGACGAUGAUCGGUAACUUUACCAAGGAGGAAACCAACUUGGUGCCGCUGGAACAGCCCCAGCUUGGAGCGUACUGCCUCGUGCUGUACGACAACGGGUAUCAGCGUGCCAAGAUUACCCAAGUUGAGUCGCGUGACAUUAGGGUGUUCUUCCUGGAUCUUGGCGGCUUCGAGACGUACCUGUCGGUGGACCUGUUCCAGCUGCCGGACGAUCUGCUGAAAGCGACGUCGUUUUGUGCCAUCAAAGCCGAAGUGGCGUGCUUGCUGCCCCGCGAGGAAGGCGAACCGGCAGUGUGGAGUGCCGAGGUCAGCGAUCGUAUCUACGACGAAGUGUUGGCCAACUACGAGCGGUUCAACGCGGAGGUUAUCGAGCGAACGAGCCGACCCCCGGUCGAUGCGCUGGUCCAUUGUCACACCUAUCGGCUGUUGUUGUCCGGGCCGGAACCGGAACCGGUGUCGUGGCUGUUUGACGAUGUCGUGGAGCGAGGGCUGGCUCGGUACAUCGAGGAGGAGCGACCGAAUGCGAUCGACUUUAACUUCGACGAUGAUGAGUUGAAGGAGCUGUUUGCGCCGAAUGGUGCGAACACGCAGCAGCCCCAGCUGCGGCCGGCGGAGGAAACGGAUGAUUCUGGGACGAGGAUUGAGGAGGUGGUGGAAACGAAGGCGGCGGAGCAACCUCAACCGAAAAUGUCUUCCAAGUUGGCGCUGCUGAAGCAGCGACGACUGCGAAAGAAGAAGUCCUCCUUGAACCCGUUGAACUACCCCCGGUUAAAGUGUGAGUUCCGCAGUCCGAAGACGAUGUGGCGCCAGGAUGCAGCGUUGGUGGUGAUUCGGGUGUCCGCGCCGGAGUACGUCAAGUACGACCUGACGAUCGACGCCGACUCGGUGAAGCUGUGCUACGUGCACGAAGGCGAGAAGUAUCUGUUGUCGGUGGUGCUGUUUGCCGCGAUCCGGCCGGAACACGCGAUCCACGAGGUGCGCGGACUGUCGAUCAUGAUUCGGUUGGUGAAGCUGGUGCAAACGCUGCAGUGGCCCUCGCUGAUGCGGCAAGGUGACAAGGUACCAUGGCUGCAGCAGAGUUUGGAGGUCCCGAAUUCGGACGAGACCGAUUGUACGGAAGGGUUCGAUCGGGCCCAGCCGACCGUGCCCAAUCUGGACAUGUCCGACGACAGCUUGAGUGAUGAGCCGGACUUUAGCGACCAGUACGAUCCGUUUGACCCUAUUGUAGAUGAGUAUUUCCGACGGGAUGACUAGAAAUUCCAAAAGGCCAUUUUUUUGCUGGUUAAAGCUAUUUUUAAAGACGGAUAAGGAAAGGUUUCUAAAACCUGACGAUCGUUGAAACAACGUUGGUACAAUACAAAGCAAGUGAUCUUA